AGGUUAUCGAGAUCGUUCGUUCUCAAGAUCCGAUUGUUGUCAUUCGAUUGUGAUUCGAUUCGUCGUUCAUCAAAUUCCUCUGAAUUCUCAGGCGAAGAGUGCAACCCUCCACAUCACCCCUGCCCUCACAGUGAACACCUUUAUCUCAACACCUUCUUGUUUCUGCAAUUACCUUGGUCGUUGUUGCUUGCUUGAAUCCUCUUGCUUACUAGCUAGUAUCUGGAAUCCAAUCCAAGAAAGCAGGCAAAGUCUACUUCGGAAGAAUCUUCAUCUUGACACUUGUAGCGCUGUUACGAAAACCUCGGUACAACUGAAGUUCGGCUCAUGGCGUCCGCAGUUUCCUCCACGAAUGGUGUGGUCACCGAUGAAGAAGAAUCUGAGAACCAACCACACUCUUCCUUGCUCACUUGUUCCUUUAACCAAGAUGGAGGCUGUUUGGCCAUUGGAACCACCACAGGCUUUUCUGUGCACAAUCUCCACCCUCAGUAUGCUGUCUCGGUCAGAAGGGAUCUCCAAGGAGGAAUUGGCCUAGUGGAAAUGCUAUUUCGAUGUAAUCUCAUGGCCCUGGUGGGUGGAGGCCCCUCCCCUCAAGCUCCUCCUCAUCGUGUGUUGAUUUGGGAUGAUCAUCUUCCCAAGGAAAUUGGAGAAUUGAGCUUUCGUCAGGUUGUGCUGUCCAUCAAACUGCGCAAAGAUGCCAUUGCCGUGGCUCUGAGAGACAGAGUUUAUGUUUAUCAUUUAGCCGAUUUAUCUCUUCGAGACAAGAUCUAUACAUGCGAUAAUCCACAUGGUCUCCUCUGCUUGUCCACCCAAAUCCAAAAUAUGGUGUUGGCCUGUCCGAGUGUUUCUUUGGGACACGUUCGAGUUGAACUUUACGGUCUACGUAAAACACAGCUCAUGGAAGCUCACGAAAGUGAUCUCAGGGGUCUAGCUCUUACUGCGGAUGGAUCAAAGCUGGCCACAGCGUCUGUCAAGGGCACUGUGAUCCGAGUUUGGGAUGUCUCAACCGGUGCCUGCAUCCAAGAGUUCCGAAGAGGAGUAGAAAGAGCAACAAUAACGUGCCUCUGCUGGAGUUGGGACUUUUCAUGGCUCAGUUGUGCUAGUGACAAAGGAACUUGUCAUGUCUUCAAAGUUGGAGAUGACGAAAAUAAAAAUGGCAACAAUCAGAGCAGCACGGGGCAGUCGAAAUCACUGACUACCAGAUUGUUCUCUUCUGUCAUUAGAUCUGUCGAAGGAGAAGCAAAGAAGAGUGUCUGCCAAGUGCGAGGUGUCCCUCACCCUCUUGCAUGCGCAUUCGUUUCCGAAGCAAACAAUCUCUUGGCCGUGGCAGGUUUUGAUGCCGAUGGCAAUGGGGUUUUGUUGCUUUCCGAGUUUGCAGCGGGAGAGGAACCCAGAAGGGUCGGCUACCAUGUCUUGUGCAAGACCACCGUUGUUGACGAAUCAGAGGAAGCACGUCGUCGUCGUCGUAUGAGGGGAUGGACACCUCAGGUACCAGAAACCCCAGAAGGAGGGCGACUUUACGUUGGCGAGCGGUUGGAUAUAUUCGAGGAGAGAAUGCAACAAAUCCAGUUUGAUGAUAAUCAGGAAGAGGAAUUCGUGUCGGUGACGACGGUGAAAAACAUAAAUCAAAAUGAAUCCAACGGUGCUGAAGAGCCCACAGAAGCGAACGGCGUGGAUACAACCGGUAUCGAUGACAAGGCCAAGCAGCAGGAGGGCUCCAAUAUCGCAGAUUCAAUGCGGACGGAAGACCUGGAGGAUUCAUCAUCGGCGGAAAACGUGCAGCCGGAAGAUACCCAAUAGUUCUUUCAAGACACUACCGGUACUGCUGGACGUCACAAGCUUUCUGUUGCGUCCAAAGUGGGAAAGCGCUUUUUGAAUCACAUGUCGACAACAUACUCGUUUGAGCUAGAUAGAGGCAAACUAUACGAAAGGACCAAGUCAAAAUUCUAGCUACUAGUGAUGUGAGCGAAAGUAUAACCUACUCGACUGAUAUAGCCUUCUUGAAAAUGCC